GCCCCUGUACUGGGAACCAGCAGAGCCUGGCCCACAGCCGCCUCUGGGACGCCGUGGUCGGGUUCCUGCACGUGUUCGCUCACAUGAUGAAGAAACUGGCGCAGGACUCGUCGCAGCUGGGGCUGCUCAAGGAGCUGCUGGACCUGCAGAAGGACAUGGUGGUGAUGCUGCUGUCCCUGCUGGAAGGGAACGUGGUGAACGGCACCAUCGCCCGGCAGAUGGUGGACAUGCUGGUGGAGUCCUCCAGCAACGUCACCAUGAUCCUCAAGUUCUUCGACAUGUUCCUCAAGCUGCGCGACAUCGUCUCGUCCGACGCCUUCCGCCACUUCGUCACCGACCCGCGCGGGCUCAUCUCCAAGAAGGAUUUCCAGAAGGCCAUGGACAGCCAGAAGCAGUACGAGCCCGAGGAGAUCCAGUUCCUGCUCUCGUGCUCCGAGGCCGACGAGAACGAGAUGAUCGACGUGGAGAGCUUCGCCCAGCGCUUCCAGGAGCCGGCGCGCGACAUCGGCUUCAACGUGGCCGUGCUGCUGACCAACCUGUCGGAGCACGUGCCGCACGACCAGCGCCUCAAGACCUUCCUGGAGCAGGCCGAGAGCAUCCUGGACUAUUUCCGGCCCUUCCUGGGGCGCAUCGAGAUCAUGGGGGCGGCGCGGCGCAUCGAGCGCAUCUACUUCGAGAUCAGCGGCGCCAACAAGGCGCAGUGGGAGAUGCCGCAGGUCAAGGAGUCCAAGCGCCAGUUCAUCUUCGACGUGGUGAACGAGGGGGGGGAGGCGGAGAAGAUGGAGCUGUUCGUGAACUUCUGCGAGGACACCAUCUUCGAGAUGCAGAUCGCCUCGCGCAUCUCCGAGGAGGAGGCGCCGCGCGACGAGGAGGAGGAGGAGGAGGAGGACAGGGAGGAAGAGGAGGCGGCGGAGGCGGCGCCGGUUUCGGCGCUGCCGGGUUUCGGGGCGCUCAGGAGGGUUUUGGGCUCGCCCCAAACGUGGAGGAGGAGGAUGAGGAGGAUGAGGAAGAAGUCGGGGCGGGAGCUGGCGUGGGAGGCGGGGAGCACGGGCUACAUGGGGCCGGCCCUGCGGGGGCUGGCGCUGGCCCACACGCUGGUGGCCUUCCUGUGCAUCAUCGGCUACAACUGCCUCAAGACCUCGCUGUGCCCCCCAGAGUCGCAGCUGCGGGUGUGGAUGAGCAAAUACGGCUGGACAGAGCCCGAGCCGGGGCGGAUCCUCAUCUCCAACCAGGAGGAGAACAUCAAACCCAAGAACAUCGUGGAGAAAAUCGACUUCGACAUGCCGGUGUUGUUGGUGUUUGUUGCCAUCACUGCUGUUGGUGGUGCCGGUGUUGUUGGUGUUGCCAGUGCUUGUCGGCAUUACCGGUGUUUGUCGGUGGUGCCGGUGUUGGCGUUGCUGGAGUUGACGUUACCGGUGUAUUUUGCCGUUGCCAAUGGUGUUGCCAUUGCCGUCCCGGCUGACGCUGCCCCCCCGCUGUGCCCGCAGACCUUCACGGCCUGGUGCAACUCCCACCUGCGCAAGGCGGGCACGCAGAUCGAGAACAUCGACGAGGAUUUCCGCGACGGCCUCAAGCUCAUGCUGCUGCUCGAGGUCAUCUCAGUCCUGGAGGGUUUAGGGGGUGUUGGUGGGGGCAGGGGAUUGGAGAAGGGAAAAAUAGUGGGGGAAGAUUGUGGAGUAGGGAGAGAAAAGAUCUGGAAAAGGGGGAGGAAAAAGGAUCCCCCCGGGGCCGGGGCUGUUCCCCAUUCAGGAUCCCCCUUCAGGAUCCCCCCAGGAUCCCCCCGGGAUCCCCCCCAGAUCCCCCUGGGGCCGUGGCUGUUCCCCAUUCAGGAUCCCCCCAGGAUCCCCCCCCAGCAUCUCCUCCCAGUAUCUCAGCCGUUCCCUGCAGGAUCCCUGUGGGAUUGGGGCCAUUCAGGAUCCCCCCAGUUCCCCCCGGGGCCAUUCCCCAUUCAGGAUCCCCCCAGUUCCCCCUGGGAGACCUCGGCCAAGGAGGGGCUCCUGCUCUGGUGCCAGCGGAAAACGGCUCCCUACAAGAACGUCAACGUCCAGAACUUCCACAUCAGCUGGAAGGACGGGCUGGCCUUCAACGCCCUCAUCCACCGGCACCGCCCGGAGCUGAUCGAGUACGACAAACUCCGCAAGGACGAUCCAGUCACCAACCUCAACAACGCCUUCGAGGUGGCUGAGAAGUACCUGGACAUUCCCAAGAUGCUGGAUGCCGAGGGUAAGGCUGCAAUUCCUGCGGGAAUUCCCGGGGUCUCUUCCAGGAUUUCCUCGGAGCUGCUGCUUUAACCUGGAGAUUUUCCU